AUGAGGCUGUGCAACCGGGGCGUGAUGAUGCUGCUGACCACGGCGGGGGCUUUCUGCGCCUUCAGCCUCAUGACCAUCGCCGUGGGCACGGACUACUGGCUGUACUCCCGCGGGGUGUGCCGCUCCAAGAGCCUGAGCGACAACGAGACGGUGCGCAAGAACGAGGAGGUGCUGACCCACUCCGGGCUGUGGAGGACCUGCUGCACCGAGGGGACGUUUCGGGGCGUUUGCAAAGACAUCGAUCACUUUGCUGAGGAUGCAGACUACGAGCAGGACGCUGCAGAGUACUUAUUACGAGCAGUUCGGGCCUCCAGCCUCUUCCCCAUCCUCAGCGUGGGACUGCUGUUUCUUGGAGGUGUGUGUGUCGCUGCCAGCGAGUUCUACAAGUCACGCUACAACGUCAUUCUCAGCGCUGGCAUCCUCUUUGUCUCUGCAGGCCUCAGUAACAUCAUUGGCAUCAUUGUGUACAUAUCAGCCAACUCGGGCGACCCCAGCCAGAGCGACAACAAGAAGAGCUACUCCUACGGCUGGUCGUUCUAUUUCGGAGCGCUGUCCUUCGUGCUGGCCGAGAUGGUGGGCGUCCUGGCCGUGCACGUGUUCAUAGAGAAGCACAGGCAGCUGCGCACCAAGGGCCGACCCUCGCUCAUGAAGCCGCCCAUUUCCCGCAGCUCGUCCUACUACCGGAACCGCUACUACCAGAACCGCAGCCGCCGGUACAGCUACCGGAGCAACCACAGCGCGGGGGACACCGCCUCCUUCCGAACGUCGCUGGUGCGCGACCGAGAGCCGUCCAUCUCGGCCGAGUCCAAAGUCACGUCCCUGACGGGUCUGCCCACGCCGGUGACGGUGGGCUCCGAGUUCAUGCUGUACACUUUAACCUCGCCCAUCAAGGACGGGAAGAUCGACAUGGCUGUGGACGAUUUGACGACUUCAACCGCUCACAACAGCACGGAGAUGCUGCAGGGAAACUGUGCUUCCAACAGAAGGACCACGCCUGUCUGA